ACAGGUGGGAACCAGCGUGAACUUGCCCGCCAGAAGAACUUGAAGAAGACUCAGGAGAUCCACAAAGGGAAAAGGAAAGAGGAUAGCUUGUCUGCUUCACAGAGAAAACAGAGAGACUCUGAAAUUAUGCAGCAAAAACAAAAAGCGGCUAAUGAAAGGAAGUCUCAGCAGGCAGGAGCAAAAUGAGCUGCCUGUAUGGAGAAGAUGGAGUGCGACAAUGAAGCAAAAGGCCGUAGAAGAUCAUUCGUUAAAGUGUCCAGCCAUUAAAUGAUUUAAUGUCUGUCUUGCAGAGUUGUUCAACUAGCAAAUAGUUUAGAAUAUUUUCUGGUAGCAUAGGCUUACUUGUCUGGACUGCUAUUUCAAAACUGACUACAC